AUGGCGUUGCCAUCUUUUCCUUCAACUGAAUCAGCUACUCAAUGGAAGUAUGAUGUGUUUUUGAGUUUUAGAGGUGAAGACACCCGCAAUGGUUUUACAUCCCAUUUAUACCACGAGUUGCAGUGGCGAUCAAUUAAAACAUUCAAGGACGACUCAAAGCUUGAAAAAGGCACCACUAUUUCUCAAGAACUCUCGACAGCAAUCGAACAAUCGAGGUUUGCCAUCAUCAUUCUCUCGCCAAACUAUGCUUCUUCCUCAUGGUGCUUGGAUGAACUUACAAAAAUUCUUGAAUGCAUGAAAGCAAGAGACACAAUUCUCCCCAUUUUUUAUCAUGUGGAUCCCUCUCAUGUUCGAAAUCAAACGGGGACUUUCUUGGAAGCCUUCAUUAAGCAUGAAGAAAAGCUUAGGGAAGACAUAGAAAAAGUUAAACAGUGGAGGGCUGCUUUAACAAAUGUGGCUAAUCGCACUGGGUGGGAUUCCAAGGAUAAGUGUGAAAGUGAACUUAUUAAAGAUGUUCUCAAACACGUAUGGAAUAAACUGCAACCUUCAUUCACCUUGUCAUUAGGUUCCAUAGAAAAGUUAGUUGGAACCGAUUCUACACUGCUAGAACUUCGUUUGCUUUUAGAUCUUGAGGCAAAUGAUGUUCGCUAUAUAGGGAUUUGUGGGAUGGGUGGGAUGGGCAAGACAACCAUUUCUAGGCUAGUUUAUGAGAGAAUUUCCCAUACUUUUGAAGUUAGCAACUUUCUUGCAGACGUCAGAAAGUAUGGUCAAAAUGGUUUAGUCCAGUUACAAAAACAACUUCUGUCCCAUAUAUUGAAGAAACAAAACAUAAAAAUUUGGGAUGUUUAUAGUGGAAGCACUAUGAUAAAGAACUGUUUCUGUGACAAAAAGGUUCUUCUCAUUCUUGAUGAUGUGGAUCAAUUAAAUCAACUGGAAAUGUUGGUCGGAAAGAAAGAGUGGUUUGGAACAGGGAGCAGAAUCAUCGUUACAACUAGAGAUGAACGAGUGCUACUUGAACAUGGUAUAGAGAAAUCAUACAAGGUCAAGGGAUUAAAUAACAAUAAAGCUCUUCAACUAUUUAGUUGGAACGCCUUCAAGAAAUAUAGACCUGAAAAACAAUAUCUGGAACUGUCUAAGUGUUUCAUUCAAUAUUCCAGGGGCCUUCCAUUGGCUCUUAAAACUUUGGGGUCUUACUUAUAUAAAAGAAGUCUCGAUGAAUGGAGUAGUGCCUUGGAUAAACUAGAGAAAGUUCCUAAUGUAACGAUUUUCCACACUCUCAAAAUAAGUUACGAUGGACUUGAUGAGAUGGAGAAGAGAAUGUUUCUUGAUGUUGCAUGUUUCCAUAAGGGAAAGGAAAAGGGACAAGUAAUUGAAAUGCUAGACAGUCGUGGCUUCUGUGGAAGUAUUGGGAUACAAGUUCUUCAUGAGAAAUCUAUCUUAACUAUUGAGUAUGGAAAUGGUUUUGAACCCGACAAAGUGCAAAUGCAUGAUUUGAUGCAGGAAAUGGCAUGGGAAAUUGUUCGUCAAGAAUCUUAUGAUGACAUCGGUCAACGAAGUCGGUUAUGGCUUCGCAACGACAUUCUUCAUGUACUCGCGAAUAAUACAGUAAGAAAAGCAAUUGAAGCCAUGGUCUUAUGCUUGCCUAAAGUAGAAGAGGUACACUGGAAUCCUGAAGCCUUCUCUAAGAUGAGCAAACUAAAGGUGCUCCAAUUUGAUAAUUUGAUCAUUUCUCCAGGCCCCAAAACUCUCCCUAAUUCCAUAAGAAUUUUGGAAUGGAGAUGCUAUCCUUCCAAAUUUCUCCCACCAAGUUUCCAACCGGAAUUUCUUACUAAACUUAGCUUGCCUCAUAGCGAAAUUGUUCAGCUUUGGAAUGGAGUAAAGUACAUAGGUAACUUGAAAUCUUUAGAUCUUUCUUUCUCAAGAAACCUCAUCAGGACCCCAGAUUUCACGGGUACUCCGAAUCUUGAAACCUUUAACGUUAUGGGUUGUACGAAUUUAGUUGAGAUUCACCCAUCCAUUUCAGUUCUCAAAAGGCUUAAAACUUUGAAUUUGGGACAUUGUGGAAGAGUAGAGAGUUUCCCAAGUCAUGAGAUGCCAGGCGGAAAAAAGAAAAAACCAUUGCAGGUUCUUCAUUUCAGCAUAUGCUGGAGAAAGAGUCCUGAACCUUGGGGUGUGGUGUUGCCUUCUCUAGAUGGUUUGUGCUGUUUGGAGAGAUUAGAUCUAAGUGAUUGUAAUCUUUAUGAAGGAGCGAUCCCCGAUGGCAUUACUCGGCUUUGUAAUCUUAGGUUUCUUAACCUGAAGAGGUGUGAAAGGCUUCAAGAAUUGCCAGAUCUUCCAUCAAACAGAUGGUUAUGCAUAAAUGCAGACGACUGUACUUGCUUAAAAGUAGUACCAGUUGCAUCAGAGUUAAGCACAUAUCUCACUCUACUGAGUAGGUUCAGUUCUAUCAAUUGCUUUGGCUUGGUUGACAAUGUACCGAGAUUUCAAUUCAAACUAGACAUUGUAACUCCUGGAAAUGUGAUUCCUAAAUGGUUCAAUUAUCAAAGAGUGGGAGAUUCGAUAAUGCUGAAGGUACCUUCGCAUUUAAAAGGCAAGAACAGGUUGGGAAUUGUGUUAUGUGCUGUUUUUGCAGAUGAGCAAAAUGCCCUUCUUGAUGAAUUCAAUUCUUUCACAAUUCUAUGUUCGUCCUCCGCAUUUGGCUCUGUUUAUGGGCCUAUUUUUGAAGUAGGCCAUCUCGUGUCAGAUCACAUUUGGGUAUCUUAUGCUCCUCUUUCCCAUUGGUAUUAUAGGAGACCAAUUUUGAUUGAUUUCGAAGCAUGUUAUUGUGGUUCACAGAGGAAAGGCAUGGGACCAAGGUUCAGGAGGAUCAAGAAAUGUGGGGCCUUUUUGGUGAACCAUGACAUUGACUCUCACAAAUCAUCAGAAGGUGCACCUGCACCAGGUGCCAUCCUCAAGAGAACACAUGAACAUGACGAAAGAUUGCCCCGCAAAAGAUCCAGGGAAGACUAA